UGCAGCUCUUUGUUUGCCGGUAUUCGCCACCAUCCUCCUGUUGCUGCGAGCGCCACACAACUUCCAGCUCUCCCGUGGCGCGCAGCGACGCCCCCUUGUGUUCCCCGUUAGCCAGUGACGUCAGAGUGGCUGGAGAGUGCAUGACGUAAUAGAGCCGCCGCCACUGCUAUUGUUCCACCUGGGCGCUGAGGAAUCCUCGCUUUGUGAUGUCAUUUGCUGCGGCAGCCCCUAGUCAGCUAGUGAGGCGGGGAUAGAGCCGGCCAGGCAGGGCAGCCUUGUCUGUGUCUCGGGCUCUAGGUUCCUUUGUCUGCCGCCUUCCGCCCCCUCCCCCUCUCGUCUCUUUCUCCAGGACGGAAUCGCAGGCUGCUGCAGGUUUGUAAAUAGUGGAGCAGCGCGCAACAUGGCUGACACGGAGUGUCCGGGCUGCUAGGGAUGGCUGUGCGGCCCCGGUGCCUCUCCGGAUUGUGCUGCUGCAGCCUGGCAUCCCACCGGGAGAACUUAUCGUUUGGCAAGAGCACUUCAUGCUUAAAGAGAUCUUUGUCUGCACGGUGGGAAAAAAGGUGUCUUUUUCAUGUAGACUAGAGUUACUACAUCAAACUUGGAGUGACUUGUUUUCACCCUAGUUUGGCAGCAUUGCUGCCGUGCAUACACAGAUGAAUGAAGACUCCAUUUGGAAAGGCAGCCGCUCAGCGAUCAAGAGCUGAUGCAGCAGCACAUGCAGGUGUUUCUGCAAAUAUGAUGAAGAAAAGGACUUCUCACAAGAAACAUCGAAGCAAUAUGGGACCAAGUAAACCAAUCUCACAACCAAGAAGAAAUAUUGUUGGAUGUAGAAUACAGCAUGGCUGGAAGGAGGGCAGCGGUCCAAUAACUCAAUGGAAAGGAACAGUUUUGGAUCAAGUACCAGUCAACCCUUCACUUUAUCUUAUAAAAUAUGAUGGAUUUGAUUGUGUAUAUGGACUUGAGCUUCACAAAGAUGAAAGGGUGUCUGCUCUUGAAGUACUUCCAGACAGAGUUGCAUCAUCUCGAAUCAGCGAUGCCCAUUUAGCAGACACAAUGAUUGGUAAAGCUGUAGAACAUAUGUUUGAAACAGAAGAUGGCUCCAAGGAUGAAUGGAGAGGGAUGGUUUUGGCACGAGCACCCAUUAUGAACACAUGGUUUUAUAUAACCUAUGAAAAGGACCCUGUCUUAUACAUGUAUCAACUUUUAGAUGACUACAAAGAAGGAGAUCUUCGCAUUAUGCCAGAUUCAAGACAUUCUCCAUCCAUGCCAAAGAAUGAAAAAGAUGAUUCUCCUCCAGCUGAACGAGAACCGGGUGAGGUGGUUGACAGCCUGGUGGGGAAGCAAGUGGAAUAUGCCAAAGAAGAUGGCUCAAAAAGGACUGGCAUGGUUAUUCAUCAAGUGGAAGCCAAACCCUCUGUUUACUUCAUUAAGUUUGAUGACGAUUUCCAUAUUUAUGUCUACGAUUUGGUGAAGACAUCCUAAAUGGGAUUGUGGACACCAUUGCCAAACUUGUGGAUCUAAAUAUAUGUAAAAUUUGUAGAAAGACUUACUGCUUUCUGACUACAGAAAAACUCUGAUAUUCCUGCGAACCCACAAUCCCUGAUGUUGCGUACAAAAGAAAGGGAAAAGUAAUUUCGGUUGAACAACAUGCUUAUCAGUCUUUCUGUUAGGAACGAACCACUUUCAAAGAUUGCCGUGUUUGGAGGGACACUGUUUUUGAGCAUUCAUUUUUAAAGCAGGAGUUGUCUUAGCGCAAGGACAAGACCAGCCAUGCAGAUUAAGAAAUAAUGGGCUAAAAAUGUAUUUCUUAAGCUCUCAUUCCUUACUCUACAGAGAACUGUUUGGUAUGUCUAACUUCCGUAAAGUAGGUGUCCAUUAUUUUUGCUUCCAGCGUCUUUGUUGAAGGCAGUAGGGGUAAUUGAUAAAUGUGCUGUGAGUCCCAGCAAAACAUUGCACUGUGAAGUAUUGACUUAUGGUUCACACCAACAUUUUGCCAAACACUUGGCAAUAUUCAGUUUAGUAUCUGUGGGAUGUUCAUUGGCUGUAAAUUGGCCUAAAGCUCCACAUCACAUAUGGCAAACUAGUGCAGCUGUGUGAAUGAAAGAAAAAUUGUAUUGAUACAAGAAAUAAAGACAACAUUUCCUAACUUUGGCUUUACCCUGGACAUGAUGUCUUAGGUUGUGGGGCUAUUCUGCACCAAGUUAAACUGUGUUGAAACUAUAUUUCCAGUGUUACGUCUGUCUUGUGAGAAGUGUUCAGACUUCCCACACUUUCCCUUUUACUUAAUUUUUUCCCUCCUCUUCUUUUAUUUUCUUCCGCUUUUCUUCUUUUUGUGUUUGGCUGUCUAUUUAUUUUUUCUUUCCAGUCACUUGCCACUAGUGUUUCAAGUGCUAUAAAAAUGUCCUGUUUUUCAAUGCCAUUACCAGAAAAAAACUACUUUAAAAUAAAAUAAGGGGCUGAGUGGAGAAAUUAAUUUCCUAUUAUAUGAUAAAACCUUUAAAAGACUGCACCGGUCAAGUUCAUGACUGCCUUUUUCUCCCCCACCGAAAGCAAAAUUUUGAUCUCCAGCACCAGGCAAGCAUGCACGUUUCUUAAACAUAGCAUUAACAAAAACUGCACAAACUUUAGCUGUGCUGAAUAGAAAUCUAUUCAUGCCAAGUUUUGAUAUACAUUAUUUUUCAAGUAUAUUUCAUUCUGUUGGAAAAUGAUGAACGCUAAAUUGUUCUAAUACACACUAAUGUUAAGAAUGUUGUCUGCUCAAGCAAAAUGAUCCUACUACAUAAGUUUACAUGUAAAAAGGUGUUGCUUUUAGGGAUGGCUUUCAGUUUUUCUCCUUUCAGCAUUGUUUUGCACAGAUUGUUUAGUAGCGUCAUCGUAAGCUGUUACAGUUAAUCUUACACUCCCCAAAAUGAGUAUUGAACAUCAUCUAGGAUGCUAUACACUGUCUGAGUUUCUUCUAGUUUGGCUUAAAUGUUACCAUCUUAUAAUGUUGACUAAGCUUACAACUGUGUUGGUGCCAACAUGAUUCCUUUUCUCUGUGAACUUCAAGCUCUUGCUUUUGAAAUAUUGGUAUACUUCAUGAGUAAUAAUCUAUGGUACCAUGUAUUUCACCCACUGUUACUAUAAAGUAUUGGAAGUGAUGUGUUUUGUGCACAAUGGAUACAGAAAAGCCGCAUGUGUCCUCCAAUUUAAACCUUCUCUGUACGAUUAUUAAGGGAGCAGGUAACCUUGAUACUUCUAGGGUUUUCAUUUUGUUCCCCUUUGCUGCUAAGUUUUAGCACUUACCUCCUGUUAAUGUGCGAGAGUGCUGAACUGUUACUCACUUAAAACCUUGUGGCGUUCUUUUUACUGAAUCCUUCUGCCAUGUUUCAUAUUUAGCCUUAUGGCAAAUGCCUUCUAAUGUUUUUUUGUUUUUUGUUUUUUUUCCCCCUACUGCUCAAAAUGUAAUGUUGGUGUAGUUGUCCAUUGCUAUUUCAGUACUUUCUUGAAUGUUCUUUUGGAAAAGCAAACGCAGAGGGUAUUCAGUGAAUAGCGGAUCCAUUUGUCUUUUUUUUUGUCAUACACUAAAAAGGUCUUGAUUCAUCGUGUUUUUUUGUGUAUUCAGCAAAAGUACUAGAUUUGCAACAGUGUUUCUAUCCUGCAGAUCUCUAAAGUGACGAUUAUUGACUCUGAAGAGUCCUGCAUGUAAAUCUCAAAGCAGAGCCUGGCUCCGUGAGCCCACCACUAUAGUUUGUAACACAUUGUAAAUGUGUGUGUGUGCGUGUGUGCGCGCAAUUGGAAACGCACAGUAUGUAUUGUCAAAUUGGGCCUUCUCUUCUUUUUUUUCUUUUAUGCGCUCUAACUUUUUUUUUGUCUUUAUGGUUACAUGUGUACUUACUGUUUUAUAUACAUUUUUUUUCUGUAUUUUUUUUAUUUUUUAUGCUUCUGUUUAUAUUUGAUUUCACCUGUUAAGUCAGGUGCAUGAACAUUAAAGAAAUUUCACCAUUCAUCUCUUUUCAGGUUUUUGUUGGGGCUCACGUUUUAGAUCUGCAUGCAGUGCUUGCAUUUAAUGUUACCUUACAUCUCGAUACCUGGAUAAAGUAGUUUGAAGUUAUUAUUCAGAAAAUUCACAGGACUGAACUGCAAGCUGUGUUUUGUUUGUAAUCCUAUUUUUGGACUUUUUUUCUGAUGUAUAAUUGUAUUUUGUGUGCGUGAUGUCAGGCUGCCAUGUAAUACUACAUAAAAAAAUAUAUAUGAAGAAUAUGAUUGACCAGUCCAUUCUUUUUUUGCAUGCCUAGUUAGUAUGCUAACGAUUACAAAUAAAUGGAGCAUGUGUGAAAUGUUGAUUUUAAAUUUAUUUUUUUACAUAUUUUUUAACCAUUGCCCCCACACCAUAUAAUAUUUGUAUGUCUGUCUAAUUUGCAAGCUUGCUUGCCUCGCUUUGUGACACUAGAUUUAAAUGCAUUGAUAAUGCACACUUGCUGUGAACAAUUAGCUAUUAAUCUUUGCCACCAUUUAUAGGUACUAUAGUGUAUUUAAUUUAUACACUUUUUUUUUUUCUUUUUUUUUUUUUUCCCUUCAAUUUAAAAAAAAUGUAAACACCUCCUCAAUUGUAAGGUUUUCUACAGUGAAAAGAUUGGACUAACAAUUGCAAUCCUUUUUAGCUGAUACACUAGCUGAGCAUAAAGUUGUUCAAAAGUGUAUUCUUAUGUUCUAAAACAAUUGUAUUGCUGUU